CAGUCUCAGCUCUCUAUGAAAACAUUCGUCUCUGGCGCUAAUGUCUCCGUCAAAUAAACGCGUUUUGAGGAUUCAUGUUCUGUUUUGAGGAUGGCGAGGAUCUCAGUGAACUACAUUCUCUUGUGCGGACAGUUUCUGCUGCUGAUGACGGUGCUGAUUUUACAGUUUUUGGAAGGAAUUAAUUCCCAGAAUUCUUCAUCCCCCUCGUCGUCGUCGUUAGAAACACCUGCACACACCGGACAGGCAGCGACUACUGUCCCGUUCAGUAAUCAGCCGAACGUGACUUACACCGAGCAAUAUGAAUACAGACCUACAUCUCCAGUCGUUCUCUGCCGCUAUUUGCCGGAGGAGUUCGUGCACUGUCAGGACCCUGUGGAUCAUGCAGGCAACAAUAGUGCCUUUCUGGAGUUGGGCCACGGUUGUGUCGGGUGGGGUGGCCAGACUCAAAAAGAGGUGAACCACACACCAGUCAUUUGCACUGUACUAGAUGAUAUUGAGUGUGCUGGACCCAGAGAGUUCCUCAGAGGGAAUGUACCCUGCAUCAAAUACACCGGACAUUAUUUUAUCACCACCCUACUGUACUCCUUCUUCUUGGGUUGUUUUGGAGUGGACCGCUUCUGCCUGGGCCACACCGGCACAGCCGUGGGCAAGCUGCUGACCCUGGGAGGCCUUGGUAUCUGGUGGUUUGUCGACCUGAUACUUCUUAUCACCGGCGGGCUGAUGCCUAGUGAUUACAGCAACUGGUGCACAUACUACUAAGGCCACAAGCCGACACAGGCUGAGGGACUUUGGCUUGGUGACAGACGGGAUCAGAAAACAUGUAGGAUUCAGAAAGGUGCAGUUGUAGCCUGACAAGGGUUGCAACUGUGUCCUCUUUAGACGGUUUCAAUACUUUGGUUUUGGGGAUUCACAUUAUGUCAAGAGAUGCUGUGUAUGGAGCAUAUAAAAACUGGUCGCAGCAAAAUGGUGCACUGAUGUUUUAACACCAGUAUACUGUCCAAGUACUUAAAACUUUUACAUCUUGUUACAUAAAGCCACAAAAGCAUAAAUUGGAGUAUUUGCUUUUUUGUCACUUCUUGAACAUGUUUCAUCAAUGAAAAUGAAAACAAAAUAAAUUGUAGAUUGAACGCUGGUUGAUUAUGUGAUAUACUCAGUCAAACAAGUACAGACAGAACCAAGGAUGUAACGUUGCGUAAAUGGUCCUUGCAGCAUAUAUGAGAUUCCAUCGUUUGAGUUAUUUGCGCUUGGGAAUUUUUUUUGGAGGGGCAACCCAUACAUCUUAACUGUGUUUGAAUAUCUUUCUGCUUUGCUUCCAGGCUUGGAUUUUAAGACUGCUUAAAGUACAGAAUUUAAUCAGAAGAAUUUAUCUUUAACUGUAAGGUUUUGGUUGACAUUCACGAUAACACUAGACCCAGGACCAAGGGCUAGGAAGUGACAUGAAAUGCUAUAGAUGCAGAGGGUGAAUUUGUAACGUCAUAUUGCUUCUUACUGUUCAUUUAAGUAUGAUAACAUGUCGCUUGUCACAGAAAACGCUCUCAACACUUGUUGUACUGAGUUCAUGUACCGAGUUUCAACUGAAGGAUGAACUGGUCCUCCACAAGAAGUUUCAUGACCCCAUUCAAAAUGUGUCAGAUUUCACAAUACAGGGUCAUGAAUCCACCAAAUUUGUCUUUUGAAGAUUAAAUUUCAGGUGAAAUUUUAAUUCAUGUUUGAUUUUUUUUUUUCCUUUCCCAUUUUAGGACUAUUCGUUCUUCCACCUGCUGAAACUGUGUACAUAAACUGACAUAAUCGUUGUUUACAGGACUUGUUAAGACCGGCCUAAAUGUGCAAAUGCCCUUCGUCUGGAUUAUUUUAGUUAUAAAGUCAGGAUGACUCACAAAUUCAGUUUAUAUGUCCCAUAUGAUGUACUGUAACAAACUUUAUUACCAUUGUCUUGUGGGGUUGAAGGACCUUGCCCUUAUAAAAUGUUAUAUACAAUAUUGAUUUUCCCACACUGGUUAGUUGGAAAUUGUUUUUGUUACGUUGAACUGUUAUUUAUUUGCUUUAUUUGUUUAUUUUGUGUCAAAUGGAUUGUGAAUAAAGAAUGAUCCCAUUACCAGCAGAGGAAUAACAUGUGCUUUGACCUUUCAUUAACUGUACACCAUUCUUUUGAAAUGAACUCGAAUGGCAAUUUCAAAUAGACCUGUUGUAUCGUGCCAAUAAGUGGACAGCUUUUCCUGAAGUUUAAAUUCAGGUUCAGGUCAAACUGAACUUGGAGUACUUCUGCAACUGUUGAUUCAAAGGGAGAACGGAGCUGAAGUGUUUUUCCUCGCUGUGCUCCUCGCUGUCUUUGUUGUGCUCGACAGCCUUUUAAUUAAGGAGUGAAUGUGGUUCUUGGAAUGAAAUGUCACUGCAGAGUCCUGGGAUUUUGAAUUUUCAUUCAUUCUGUAGUGGCAAAAAGGAAUGCAGUCCAUGUCCCCCUGCACCAGUCGA